UAUUUCCAAUUAUUAUAUAUUUUUGAUAUUUCAGACAGCUACUCCGCACUCCCAUGCCUCCCUAUCCUUCGCUUAGUCGGCUCGUCUCGUCUCGUGGCUCCUCCUCGUCCAACUCAUCGCCUUGCUGCUUGAGGAAAUCAUAACAAGCUAAGCUCCAUCUUGUUUCCUCCCUCUCAACACAAAUCACUGCCACUGAGAAACUUUUGCCUCUUUUAAAAUGUCUCUAGCAAUAGAGAACAAUGAAGUGGACAUUGUGAUUGCUGCUCUCCAUCCUAACGUUAAUUCUUUCCUAGAGGAAUGGCGGCCAUUUUUGGCGCCUUUCCAUCUUAUAAUUGUACAAGAUCCUGCCUUGAAGGAGGAACUUCAGAUUCCCUUGGGGUUUGACCUCCAGGUUUACUCUAAAUCUGACAUGGAAAGAGUUGCAAGUGGUUCCUCUAUUAACUUCUCAGGUUAUUCUUGCCGUUAUUUUGGGUAUCUCAUGUCCCGAAAGAAAUACAUUAUUUCAAUUGACGAUAACUGCCAUCCAGCGAGGAACAACUAUGGUGUUCUAGUUGAUGCUGUGGACCAACACAUAACCAACCUCCAAACGCCAUCCACACCAUUCUUCUUCAACACACUGUAUGACCCGUUCCGUGAAGGUGCAGAUUUUGUCCGUGGCUACCCUUUUAGUUUGCGCCAUGGUGUCCAAUGUGUAAUAUCAAGUGGUUUGUGGCUCAAUUUAGCUGACUAUGAUGCUCCAACUCAGAUUGUGAAGCCACAUGAAAGAAAUGCUCGAUAUGUUGAUGCUGUUUUGACUGUCCCACUCGGGGCAAUGACAACCUUGAGUGGAAUAAAUGUUGGGUUCAACAGGGAUGUUAUAGGACCUGCAUUCGUCCCAGGGCUGCAGUUAGUAGGGGAAGGAAAGCGAAGGUGGGAAACAUUGGAGGAUAUAUGGUCAGGCUUUUGCGCAAAAGCGAUCUGUGACCACUUGGGAUUCGGCGUGAAGACUGGACUGCCUUAUGUGCAUAGAGAUGAUGCAGAAGUGGGCAAUGACAUGGAGAGCCUGAAGAAGGAAUGCGGAGGAGUGAAACUGAUGGAGAGCAUUGUGCCCUUUUUCCAGUCUGUGAGACUUCCGACGACUGCCGUAACAGCAGACGAUUGUGUGCUAGAAAUCGCAGGGAUGGUGAGGGAGAAGUUGGGGAUGCUUAGUCCCAUAUAUCUGCAAGCCGCAAACGCUAUGGAAUCCUGGAUCAAGCUCUGGAAGGCUGUGGGGGCAAAUACAGUAUAGUA